AUGGGAUUGGUAUGCAUUAUAUGCAAUGUGUUAAUACAAAUUAUAUGGUUAGAUAACGUGGUCCUCCUCGAGGGCGGCGAGGAGGUGGGGCGUUCGGAGUUGGGUGUAGGAGCACCCUGGGACUGGUCAUACGUGUGCGGGGAGCCCUUGGCACUAUUUCUCAUUAUCAGAUACAACCAUUCAAACGAAGUGGGCGCUCUGACUACAAUGAGGAUUGGUCGGGCGUCAUCAGAGCGGACGAAGGCGAUGCGGCCUGCUGCUUCCCAGGCACCCCCUCCAGCUAAUACCAGUCCCAACCCCCAACCACCAGCCGAUAAAGGCGCGCCAGACACGCCAAAAAGUUUCGGUAAAUCGGUGAAUUGUGGCCCGUAUUUCAAUUCGGUUAUCCUCGCGGAACUCUUCGUCACGUUUAUUUGUCUCGGCGUUCUCGCGUGUGCGGUGUCCGCUGUUUACAACUGUCACUCGAAUGACAAGUACGACGAUCCACAGGGCAAGGCGUUAACUAUUGCCGGCGAGGGUACCCAUUGA